AUCCGGGCCGGCUGGGCGGCGGCGGCGACGGCGCGCGGUGGCGUAGACGCUCUCGUUCUCGCUAUCGCUCCGCCAUGGUGGUGGUGGCCGCCGCGCAGAGUCCGGCCGCCGGCGUUCCGAAAGUGCUGCUCCUGUCCGGCAAGCCCGCCGCCGCCACUGCUACCGCCGUCCCGGCCGGGGGGACGCUGCCGCUGCCGCUCAUGGUGCCGGGCCCGCAGGAGGCGAGCGAGGGGCCGCCCCAGGCUCGCAAGCGGCAGCGCCUCACGCACCUGAGCCCCGAGGAGAAGGCGCUGCGCAGGAAAUUGAAGAACCGAGUGGCCGCGCAGACCGCCAGAGACCGAAAGAAAGCUCGGAUGAGCGAGCUGGAACAACAGGUGGUCGACUUGGAAGAAGAGAACCAGAAACUAUUGUUAGAAAAUCAGCUUUUACGAGAGAAAACUCAUGGUCUUGUGAUUGAGAAUCAGGAGUUAAGGCAGCGCUUAGGGAUGGAUGCCCUGAUUUCUGAAGAGAAGGCAGAGCCCAAGGGGAAUGGAGUGAGGCCAGUGGCCGGGUCUGCUGAGCGCAGCACUCAGACUACGUGCACCUCUGCAGCAGGUGCAGGCCCAGUUGUCACCCCUCCAGAACCUCUCCCCGUGGAUUCUGACAGUGUUGACUCUUCAGACUCUGAGUCUGACAUACUGUUGGGCAUUCUGUUCAACUUGGACCCAGUCAUGUUCUUCAAAUGCCCUUCCCCAGAGUCAACUAGCCUGGAGGAGCUCCCAGAGGUCUGCCCAGAAGGACCCAGCUCCUUACCAGCCUCCCCUUCUCCACCACUGGGGGCGUCAUCAGCGAAGCUGGAAGCCAUUAAUGAACUGAUACGUUUUGAUCAUGUAUAUACCAAGCCCCUUGUCUUAGAGAUACCCUCUGAGACAGAGAGCCAAGCUGAUGUGGUAGUCAAAAUUGAGAAAGCAACUUUCAGUCCUGCAGAGAAAGAUCACCCUGAAUUCACUGUCUCAGUGAAGGAAGAACUUGUAGAAGAUGAUUUCAUCCCAGAGCUGGGCAUCUCAGAUCUACUUUCAUCCAGCCACUCCCAGAAGCCAUCGUCCUGUCUAUCAGAUGCGUGUAGUGACUGUAGAUAUGAGAGCACCCCAUCCCCCUUCAGUGACAUGUCCUCUCUGCUUGAUGUAGACCACUCUUGGGAGGACACUUUUGCCAAUGAACUUUUCCCCCAACUAAUUAGUGUCUAAAAAGUGACUGUUGUCCUUUAUCCUGACCAUCAUACUGCCUGGAGGAUAGCAAAGAAAGCCAUCUACUUCAUUUAGAAAGCCAAAGUAGAGGGUUUGCAGGCCUAGAGAAUGCCUUUCAAGUAUUUGUUCAAACCUCAUAGGUCAUCCCAAGUAUUGUCUUGUGACGCCCAGCAGUCUUAAGGUACUCCUAUUUUUCCUGUAUUUCAGAAUUGCAGCUUUUGAUAUUGUACCUUUAUUUUUAGGGUAGUGGUUUGCCCUAAAAUACUUAUGUAAAAGGGUCAAUGGAGAAGUGGGACUUACAAACAGCCCUUUGUCAUUUCUCUGUCCCCUUGGCAUUCAGGCUUAUCUCCAGUUUUAGAUUCUCUAGUUUGCUUUUGCAAACAGAGAACACUACUUGAGUGAGCUACUUCUCAUUCAAGUACAGUUCAAGCAAAGAUCAAGAAUCUUUUGUAAAGUUAUAGAAAUUUACUGUGUAAAUGCUUGAUAGAAUCUUUCCCUUGCUAGUGUAGCUUUUGGAAGGUGCUUUCUCAAUUUAUUUAAAACUACCAGUGCAAUUAAAAAGUGCAAUGCA